CAUUACUGCAUAAUAAAUGUCUGAAAUCAAUAUUCAAAUUUUCACUUCCUUCGGAAUUUCUCAAAAAAAGGACAUUCAUCACUUCACAUCUAUUCAUUCAUUCGCAAUGAGUUUUUGGGUAAAGAACGCCGACGGCUCGACGGAUGUAGAGAAGCCACCGCGCAUCAUGCCGCUUUUCAACCCCGGCCAACGUGAGUUUCUUGAAGAUGAGCAACGUUUGCGCUUGCAAAUGGAAAAACGCGCGCUAGAUGGUGGCAAAUCCUUCGACUAUUACAUACGCAAACAAUCGACACUGGACGAUGCACGGCUGCUGGACGAGCACGACUCUUUCUAUAAGACCACCAAGAGUCUGCUGGUACUCUUUCAAAUUAUGGGCAUAAUGCCGAUCCAUCGCAAUCCGCCUGACAACAAUUUGCCACGCACAGGCUACUCGUGGAAAUCGCGUCAGGUGCUUUACGCCAUUUGUGUAUUUUCACUCGAGACCUACAUUGUGGUUAUGGUGUUGCGUGCGCGUGUUAAGAGCUUCAUCGAACAGCCCGAUAAGCAUUUCGACGAGGCAAUCUAUAAUAUUAUAUUUAUCAGUUUAUUGUUUACUCAUUUCCUGUUACCCGUCGCUAGUUGGCGCCAUGGGCCCCAGGUGGCUAUCUUCAAGAAUAUGUGGACGAAUUAUCAGUAUAAGUUUUGGCGUGUUACCGGUUCGCCGAUAGUGUUCCCUAAUCUGUAUGCGCUUACUUGGGGCUUGUGCAUUUUUUCGUGGACCUUAAGUAUUGCGGUAAAUGUGUCACAGUAUAUUUUAUAACCGGAUUUUGAGUUUUGGUAUACUUUCGCCUAUUAUCCGAUUAUUGCGAUGUUGAAUUGCUUCUGCAGCUUGUGGUACAUAAAUUGCAAUGCUUUUGGUACAGUCAGCGAAGCUCUGGCGAAGAAUUUAGAACUGACUCUAAAGAGCGGUAAGCCAGCGGAAAAGUUGACCGAGUAUCGAUACCUUUGGGUUGACUUGAGUCUUAUGAUGCAGCAGUUAGGUCGCGCAUACUCCAACAUGUACGGCAUGUACUGUUUGGUCGUUUUCUUUACAACACUAACCGCCGCUUACGGAUCGAUAAGUGAGAUUAUGGAUCAUGGAGCAACAUACAAAGAAAUCGGUCUAUUUGUCAUAAUGUUUUACUGCAUGAGUCUUUUAUAUAUAAUUUGUAAUGAAGCACAUCACGCGUCACGAAAAGUCGGCUUAGAUUUUCAAACGAAAUUGUUGAAUGUCAAUUUAAUUGCUUUGGACACUGCUUCGCAGAGAGAGGUGCAAAUGUUUUUGGUGGCUAUCUCGAAGACACCACCAAUAAUGAAUUUGGACGAUUAUGCGAAUAUUAAUCGGGAGCUAUUUUCUUCGAACAUCACCUUUAUGGCCACUUAUUUGGUGGUACUCCUUCAAUUCAAAAUUACCGAACAACGUGGCUCACAUUCAAAUCAGGAUGAAUUCAAUACGAUGUAAGAAGAGAAUGCAAAAUCAUUUG